GACUGGCAGCAGAGUGAACGUUGGUUCGGAUGCAACACAUUGAAUGAAAGUCGGUGAAACGUUAGCAGGCUGUUGCCACCAGCAACUGGGAAUAGCUCCUCGCCGUUAAGUUCUCGUAUCCAUACACUUGGCGAGACUGUGUGAGCAGAGAUCAGCUUACACGUUGGAAAAAGAAAGGUUGGGGACAUUUGUGGAAAGGGAAGGACCGUUCCCGGUGUGUGGCAAUGCAGCGGGUCACGGCGCAGCUCGUCGUCGGCCUGGUUGCAGCGGUGCUGUCGCUGCUGACAGAGCAGUGCUGGGCGGACGGCGGGGGCCUCAGCCUGGCAGAACGGGUUAUCUGGGCUGUCAAUUGCGGUGGUGAAUCGCAUGUAGACGUGCACGGUAUCCACUUCAAAAAGGACCCGUUGGAAGGAAAACUUGGCAAAGCAUCUGAUUAUGGGGUGCGUCUGCCAAUACUGCGCUCCAGUUCAGAUGACCAGAUUCUGUAUCAAACGGAGCGCUACAAUGAGGACACUUUUGGAUAUGAUAUCCCUAUACGUGAGGAAGGAGACUAUAUAUUAGUUAUGAAGUAUGCAGAAGUUUACUUCGCCCAGUCACAGCAAAAGGUGUUUGAUGUCCGUCUAAGCGGCCAUGUGGUGGUGAAGGACCUGGAUAUCUUUGAGCGAGUUGGUCACAGUACCGCUCAUGAUGAGAUAGUGUCCUUUUCUAUUAGACGUGGCAAGCUGAGUGUGCAAGGAGAGGUGUCCACUUUCAACGGCAAGCUCACUGUGGAGUUUGUAAAGGGUUAUUAUGACAACCCCAAAGUCUGCGCUCUCUAUGUAAUGAAGGGGACAUUAGAAGAUGUGCCAAAACUUCAGCCUCACCCUGGCUUGGAGAAGCCCGAGGAAGAGGAGGAAGAAGAGGAGGAUAGUGAGGCCGGCGAGGAAGGUGCGAAGAAAAAGGUCCCAGCAGGUUUCAAAUACAGGGUCCAGUCAGGGCCCCGAACACCAAACCCAUAUGCAGCAGACAACAGCAGCCUAAUGUUUCCCAUCCUUGUGGCGUUUGGGGUGUUCAUCCCCACACUGUUCUGCCUCUGUCGGCUGUGAGCUACAACUAGCGAUGAAGGGGACGUCAAGCAGACGAGACGGAGUGAGACUAUGGAGAGGGAGAGGGGGGAGGGGGGAGGGACACGGUAGUAACAGCAGCACAGGUAAAGGCAUACACACAGAGAGAGCUUGGAGAACAUUUUGACAACGGAGGACAAAAGGAGACAAUAACUUUUCGGGAAGCCACUUUGCGAAGAAGCAAAUGCUGCUGUUGAAUUCUGCCGUUAAGCAAAGAAAAUGAGAUCUAGGAAGUGUAAGCUGUGUGCUUCUUUGUGAAUGUGUUUCGCAUCCACCUCUGCUGACAGUUUUGAACAAUGUUAGUCAUUUCCACUCAGACUGUGCAUAUGCCAGUCUUCAAGGUUUGAAACUACAUUUCAGCAACUAAGGGAUGCUCCGGAGUGAUUGGUCUGGGCCCGUUUUAUAUACUAAAAGCAUUGCGCUCUACUGUUUGUGGCAAGGAAGCCCACUCUGUUUAACACUCCUGCUUCACAUCUGGUCAGACGUGGUCCCUAAAAUUGGAAAUGGUGCUGCCUAGAAAUUGGUUAAAUAGUCAGUGGAAAUACAGUUGACAUUUAAGAGACUCCCAUUAUUCUCAACUUGCCGCGUUUUUAUGUCUUUCGACUCCGAUCUAGUUUGUCAUUUGUUGACGUGCCAUCAUCUUUUUGCCAUAAAUUCUUGAAAGAAGAAAGAACUUGCCGUCGAACCAGUUCUGUAGCUGGCGGGAUUCUUUGCUGUCUAAGUCUGCCUUUUUAUAUAGGUUGUUUUUCCCCCAAAUCUGUUGAUGUCACGCAUGAUAGACUUAUUUGGCAUUGUUCCAUCAAACACUGAUUCAAGGCCAUUAAACGUGUCUUCAACAGUAAUCACAAACUCUUUUGUACUUACUUUUUUUUAAAUUUUUUUUUUUAAACGAUUCAUUUUAAAGUUAAAACAUUACAAAGUGAGAAUGUGGAACAGUUUCUUUCAUUAAGAGACACCUGAGUCAAAGUUUAUGCUGUGAAAUGCUGAAGCUAAAACGAGUCAGCAUCUUUCCAUCACUGUAUUUUCUGAGAGCUUUGCCUUCUCUAUUCAUUUAUUAAGUAUGCAUGCAUGCCUGCCGCUUUGUUUCACCAAAGAAUGUCUUUUUUAAAUUUAGUUAGAAAAAGAAAACUUGGUGUCCUGUUUUAAUUUGACAAACAGCUUGCAAAUACCAUUCUGUGAGGCCUCUGUGGCAAGUGGUUGAAAUUGGCUAUAUGUGGAUAUACAGCACCUCUCACUUAUCCAAAUCGAAACGAUUCAGAAGAAUGGAGCGUUGGGAGCAGUUUAUAUCAGUGGCUAACCGGGGGGACGGUUGUGUUAAAAAAAAAAAAAUUGUUAAUUAGUUUUGGAUUUCAAAAGGUACACUGUGUUGACUCUGAUGGGCCGUGAACUUCAGUCCUCCAUGUUAUUUGAAACCAAGAGGCCAGCAGGCCGCUGGCGCUCCAUACAUCAAAGCAUAAAGAAUCUGUGCCAGUCAAUGAACUUGUUUCAAACAUCCCUAAAGUUGCUGUAUGUGUGGUCCCACACGUUCAUCCACCUGCAGUCAGAAAUGAGAAAGCACAACAUCUGUAUAAGUAGAAAAUCAAAUGUUUACUUUACGUUAUAUACCAACAGUUAUUGCAUUUUCCACAAUCUUCUCUCAGCCUUUUCAAAUCUGUUGUCUUAAAACUUUUUAAUGUGGACUGUAACAUUUUGUUAAUUAUGUGUGAACUUUUCAGUGCAAUUAAGCUACUUGUUCUGGCCCUUGGAAUUGAUUGAGCAGACUUCUUUUUUUCUAAUUUAAUCUAAAAGUCAAGCCUUUUUCACCACCUGGCCCCAUUAUCAGACUCCACUUCUUCUGUGUUUUAGUCUCAGCUUUUGGACAAUGAUAUCUCUUUGCUUUGUGAACCCUCCUCUUUAUGUAUCUAGUUGCAUCCCUUAAGUGCUUAGCUCUUACUUCAAGGGUGGUUUUGUAACUGCCUGCUUCAUUAAUGCUAAUGUCCCCCAACAAGCCCUGCCAGUAGUGCUGUUGCCAUAUGCAGAGCUUGAAAAUGGUUACUAAUUCAGGUGUUGUGGAUCCCGCCUCCUCGAUUCUCCUUUCCACUUUGAUUUGAUGGCGAGCAAGAUGUUAAUGCCAGAAAAUAUUUUGUCAAUUGUUGGUGUUUGAAAUUUCUUUCUCCUUGAUUUUAUUUUGAUGUAAACUCAACUCCUAUUUAAGACAUAUACGCACCUUUUGGGUUUUUUUCUGAAAAGAUGCAAAAUGUUCAUUUAAUUCAGCACCAAAGUCACCGUGUCUACACAGUUGCGUGUGUAUAUAAGGUACUAAGUCACACUUUUAUGGUGUGACAACGUUUUGUUCUCCUCACGUUUGUGCUGUAGGUGAGGUGUAGGGGUUCCUUUUGAUUAUCUCGAGAUGACUUUGUGGCCUUUCUUCUGGGAGGGGAACGGUUGCCGGUACAGAGUAUACCUUUUUUUUUUUUUUUCUCCUUUAAAGGUGCAGGCUGAUGAACUGACUGUCGUAAAGUCAAAUAAAUGAGAUUGUCUGAAAAUAUGGGAUCUUCCAUUCUAUUAUAUAUAUAUAUAUAUAUAAUUUAAAUCAGAGCGGGGCUGAUCUGGAGAUAUUUUAUAAUGCUUUUGGAUUUUUAUGUUUGAAUUUCUUUCCUCAGGAUCUAUUUUGUUUUUGUGUUUUUAAAACUUGAUAUUUUAUUGGUGUGACAUUUUGCACUGCCUCAUGUAUUUUAAAUUCAUGUCAUUUUUGUGUGUUUGUCUUUGUUGCCUUGAAUUAUUGAAUACAUUGUGCUUUACUAUCA